AUGCCCCCAAAAUCUCAAGACCAGGCGGAUGAUAAACGCCAAGCUGCCAGAGAAGUCAUCGAUAUCCUCCAGGAGAUCUCCGACCUGUUGAAUACAAAUCUGGACCGAACAGAGCUGUCGCUUUGUGUCUCUCUCAUUGAAAACGGGGUCAACCCCGAUGCUUUGGCGACUGUCAUCAAGGAUCUACGCAAAGAGACUGCUUCUUCAAAACGCGUGGGAAAUGCUCCCGCCAUGGAGUAA